AUGUCCGUUUUGGUUAAUGGCUCCCCGGCAGGAUUUUUCCCCACUCUUUGCGGGCUACGGCAGGGUGAUCCUUUAUCUCCUCUAUUGUUUAUUUUGGUUAUGGAGGCUUUGGGGCAUUUGUUGGCAAGGGCGGUGCAAGCAGUGCUCGAGCUUCGGGUUAAUCUAGCAAAAUCAGAAUUGAUUCCAGUGGGGCAAGCGGCGAGGUCUUCGAUGUUGGCAGCCAUGUUGAGGUGCAAAGUGGUAUCGUUACAUGUUACAUAUUUGGGUUUGCCUUUGGGGGCUUCUUUUAAAGCGACUGGGAUUUGGGAAGGAGUGGUGGAUCGGGUGUGUCGUCAGUUGGCAGGAUGGCAACGUCAGUAUUUGUCGAAGGGUGGGCGGCUUACAUUGAUUAAAAGUGUUCUAUCAAGUAUCCCAACCUAUUUUAUGUCUGUUCAUGUGAUCCCGGUCUCUGUAGCAAGGCAAAUUGAGAAAUUACAAAGGGACUUUUUGUGGGGUGAUGGGGGUGAGGGUGGUCAUUACCAUUUGGUGUCUUGGGAUCGGAUCUGUAGGUCUAAGGAGGAAGGGGGUUUGGGGGUUCAGAGUGCUGUGAGGGUUGGGGAGGGGCAGUUGAGGGUGUGGAAUGUGCAGUUGUGUCGUCAUGUCCAAGACUGGGAGCUAGAUCAGUUAGUGGACCUCCUUGGUUUUUUAUAUGAUUUACAUCUUGGACAGGCGGAUAAUGAUGCUUUGGUUUGGGUUUGUCCUAGGGCCAAAGGUAUUUUCACGGUGUCUUCGUUCUAUGGGGCGCUUGUUGAGGAUAAGUGUGUUGUUAAUGGCUCUUUCGUCUAUCCGUGGAAGAGUGUUUGGGUGCCGAGCACACCAUCCAAGGUUGCCUUCUUUGUGUGGACGGCGAGUUUGGGUCGUAUCUUGACUAUUGAUAAUUUGAUUUGUCGUGGGCAUAUUUUGGUGAAUUGGUGUUGUUUGUGUGGUCAGGUUGCGAAAUCGGUUGACCAUUUGCUUAUUCAUUGUUCGGUCUCUUCUCGUCUUUGGAUGCUUGUGGUGGCAAUGUUUGGGUUCAGCCGGCUUCUUUGUUUGCAGUUUUGCAGAGUUGGGUCGGGGGGAGGGUGGGGAAGAGGCGUCGAAAGGCUUGGAUUCUUGCCUUGCACUGUUUACUUUGGCUGA